UUUAUUUUUCCUCUCCACUUCCCCACGUUCUCUACACACACACUUGUGUGUGUGUUCCUUUUUUUAUUAUUCCCAAACAUUUUCUCAAAAUUUUACACAGUCAGACCCUGUUAAAAGCUAAAAGAUUCGGUACUAGUGAACCACAGUCGUUCACGUCGUCUUCAAGUGUUCACACACACACAAUCGUCUAAACUCCUCCAACCGUGUAUCGUGCGAUUAUCAGGAUUAUUUCACGCCGCAUUUGACAAGCAAUAUUUUUUAAAUAAGUUUUUCCAAAAAUGGAUUUGACCAAGAAUAAUAACGAAGCAGAAGUUUUGAUGACACCACCGGCCACACCGACCAACAAAACUCUUCAACUUCAUUUCGAUCAACAUUCAGCUGACGAAGAAGAUAUGGAAAUUGAUGCUGAUUUGGAGGCCGUUCAGACGCUGUUGUCAUUUUCACGCGCCGCUACCCGUCAACAACAGGCCGGGUCGUCAUCGGAUGAAUCGCAAGACCAAUGGGCUUCCAGCGAUGAUUCUAGCGAUCAUCUUCAAUCCGCCAAGAGAUUGAUGGCUUGUACGCCACCGAGGACUCCGAGUCCUACAAGUCCAGGCAGCGUCACUUCGAUGCCCGUUUCGGUCAUCAUGAUUGGCAAAAAAGACGGAACUGCCGAGCCUGUCCAGCAGCAACAGCAGCAGCAACAAGAAUUUAAUCACGAAGAGGCUCAAGAUAACAAGGAGAAGCUGAUGGGCGGUCCAGCAUUGCCAGGCCGUCAAAUAAUAUUCGUCGAAAACAAAAACACCAAUCGGCAUUUACGCAACGCUCAUUUCGGAACCGAACAGAUCUUUGUAGCCAACAAAGACACUAAUCGGGAAGCACGGGAAAUCACCAAUCACAAGCCACCACCGAAUAAUAAUAAUAAUAAUAAUAAUAUUGAUAAUAAUGAAAAUAGUAGUGAUGUAUUUGUGCAGCAAUUUUCUGUAUCUCGCUUUGUACCUGAAAUGACUAUGCCGGCAACAACUUCUCAGGCGAUCCCGAUAAAAUCGCCAGUGGCCAUUGCUCCCAAAUUGAUGCUGAAUAGUGCGGCCUUGGGUAAUUGUAAUGUAAUCAAUGGAUCGUCAGCAACUCGAGUGAUCCCGGUCGUGCCGUUGGGGGCAGCAACCGGUGCCGAUAUUGGCUCGAUGGGCGCCAAUGGCGCUACUCUUUUCCUGGCACCCUGUGAUAACAACGGACAAAUAACGCAUUUUGUUUUGACUACGGCCGGUAUCCCAUCCAUGACCCUCAUCGCUCCAAACAAGAUGGAAAGGGAGAUGGAUAAACGUCGGCGUAUUUAUGAAUGCCAAUUCGAAGGAUGUGGCAAAAACUAUUUUAAAUCAUCUCAUUUGAAGGCUCACAUGAGGACUCAUACUGGUGAGAAACCAUUCGUCUGCAGCUGGGAUGGAUGUGAUCGCCGUUUCUCGCGUUCAGACGAACUGUCCCGUCACAAACGCACUCACACUGGCGAAAAAAAGUUUAGCUGCCCAGUUUGCCAACGCCGUUUCAUGCGCUCUGACCACUUGACCAAGCACGUCCGUCGUCAUGCUCGCGAGCAAAAACCGAUGGCCUGGCAGCUGGCCACUCGCAAACUAGCCUCAGCUAGUUCUUCUACUGCUGUUACUGCUCCUACUACUACUACUGCCGGCCCUGCUGUGGCUUCUCAAUUGAUCCCGGCGCAGAUUAUCCUCUCCGCCUCAACUGCCAUUCCCUCAAUUUAAGAAAAGAAAAAAUAAGCAAAAUGAUGAUGAAAUGUUUAUUAUUUUUCGAAUCCUUUUUUUUUGUUUUUACUUUGGGGGGUUAGUAGUUACAUAUGUUUAUUUGUUUUUAAAAGCAGACAAAAAGGGCGGGACCUCUGUAGGACACAGUAUAUAUACAUCAGCUGUGUGUCUACGGUCGGUCAGUAGGUUAUCUCUUCAUAACAGCAGCAGCAGGGGAAGGGGGCGGAUAUAUUUUGUAAUGUCCUCUUGUUUUAUUUCAUUUUUCUUGUUUCAGUUGUCGGUGCAACGGCGACACAAAUUUCUGUCCCGACCAUCGACACGACACAUUUUGUUGUGUUAUUUGUUAAAACGAUUCGUUCGAGCCGUCUAGAGCUUGUUAAUUAUUUUUAUUCACACACACACACACACAAAUGAUUUAUGAUAACUAUCGAGCUAAAUAAUAAUCGUGUUUCGAACGAAUGGACAUAAUAAAUUACGAUAUUGAUCAAGAA